AUGUCCGCAACCUCCUUCGUGAGCGAUGCACCGGCUUUCCAUGCGAUGAGAGGAAACGGGAGUGAGGGCUGGGACUUGGCCGGGCGGAAGACCUUCAGCUACAUGAGCUUCGACGAAGACGUGGAAGAUGUGGACUGUGUGAAUUGUGACCUCGACGAUGCCGAGGUCAACGCACCUUUUCGUCGGUACAAAACCUGGCCCUUGAUCGAGGAGAAGCCGAUGCUGCGAAAGCGCACUGCCGGACUCGG